AUGGUGUGUCUACCAUGCAUAUCUGGACAUGAUACCGAUGAUUUCUUCAUACUGAAGAAUGAAAUUGAGUCGCUGAUCAAAAGUGGAGCCAUUCAGUGCACCCCAACUCUACCCAAUGUGAACUGUAACCCCCUGCCAAACGAACGGAAUCAAGGAGCUAAUAUGAUCACCCUGGAUGAAGAGUAUGACUUGAAAGGAACCAUCAUCACAAUAGGAUAUACUGAGGUUGCAAGGUUUCCACCCCGAAGGACUCUAAUGAUCACCGUACAGUUAAAACCUCCAGUGAUGGUCCAGACACACCAGGAGCAGUCCACCACCAUUAUCAGCAAUGAAAAGGAUCAGAUAUACAAGAUGGAAAUAAAACCUUUAGAAGCCGAGGUUCAGGAAAUUCCUCAACUUGAAGGCAACAGUACUCCAGUUGUUGAUUCAAGUGUUCCUACUCCUCCUAAAAAGCAUAAAAGAGCAGCACCUUCUGAAAAUGAUUCUGGCCUUGGGAGUGAAACAUCAGACAUUUGGAAAUACUUUUCCAAAUUCGUUGAUAAUGAUGAUCAUAAGGGUGAAACAAUUGCAAAGGGUAUUGAGGUUUGUUUGUUAGAUUGGGGAAUUGAAAAUCUAUUCACUGUGACCCUAGAUAAUGCAAGUGCUAAUGAUGCAACAAUUAGACACUUGAAAGGGAGGAUUGAGGAUUGGAAAGGAAUCGUCGUGGGAAAUGACUUUCUACAUGUUAGAUGUAAUGCUCACAUUUUGAAUUUAAUUAUAAAAGAAGGAUUAAGUGAUCAUAUUGAGUCUAUUUCUCGGGUCAGAAAUAUUGUGAAGUAUGUUAAGUCUUCUUCUGCAAGAUUAGCUUCCUUUAAAUCAACUGUUGAAAAGGUAAAGAUUGAUAGCCAUGGCCAUUUGAGUUUAGAUGUUGAAACCAGGUGGAACUCAACUUAUAUGAUGUUAAGUAUAGCUAUAAAAUUUGAGAAGGCCAUUUCAAGAAUGUAUAUUGAUGAUCACAAGUAUCAAAAGUAUUGUCUAGAUAUGAUUAGAAAAGCAGUGCACCCAAGUGGGGUUGACUGGAAGAAGGUAAAAGUUCUUACAAAGUUUCUUGACAUUUUUUACCAGAUUACUUUGAAAUUUUCAGGAACUUUGUGUGUUACUUCAAAUUCUUUCUUUCAUGAGCUUUUUAAUCUUCUUAACUUUAUUGCCAAAAAUUCCGAAGGUGAUGAUCUAGUUAUGAUUGAUAUGGAUAUUAAGAUGAAACUCAAGUUUGAUAAAUAUUGGGGUGACUUUGAUAAUAUGAAUAUCUUAUUAUUUGUCGCUGUUGUGUUGGAUCCUCGAUAUAAGAUGAGGUAUGUGAAGUUCAUUUUGCUAAAUCUUAUGGUACUAUGGCGAGAAAUUUGA